GCAUGCUGAAAUCACGAGCGCGGAAGCAGUGUUUAUAUUCCGGUGUUCAUGUCGCCUGAUAGAGUUCUCUUAAAACUGUAUGAAGUCUUGCAGCGUCACUUACUUGGCCUGAAGGAUGGCUCGAAAAGGUGCGCUGCCCUUCCUCCUCUCCCUCUUCACGCUUCUUUCCUUGCUGUCAUCUGUGUGUGACUGCCACCCUCAUCCUCCUUGGUCCAUGAGAUCACUGGCUACAGCUGGGGCGGUGUCCAAUCAUACUGCAAGGAAAGACAUAGCUGCAGAGGUAGCAGGCUAUGUGGAUGUGGCCAAACAGAUUAUUGACCUGGCUCUGUUUGGAGCUGCACAGAACCGCUCUUACAGACGGCUGGCCGACUUCACCGACACCAUAGGGAACCGUGUCAGUGGCUCACACAACCUGGAGAUGGGUAUCAAAUACAUGUAUGAUGCACUGACACAAGACGGCUUGGAUGUACAUCUAGAGCCAGUCAAAAUCCCACACUGGGUGAGAGGGAGCGAGAGUGCAGAAAUGAUUGUGCCCAGGGCCAAAAGUCUGGCUAUACUGGGACUGGGUAGCAGUGUAGGGACACCACCUGAAGGCAUCAAGGCAGAGGUGUUGGUGGUUGAGUCUUUUGAGGAACUGAAGCGCAGAGCCGGUGAGGCCGUAGGGAGGAUUGUGGUCUUUAACCAGCCAUUUGUCAGCUAUGGGGAGACAGUGGCUUACCGUGCUUAUGGUGCCUCUGAGGCAGCCAAAGUGGGAGCUGUGGCCACACUCAUUCGAUCAAUUACACCGUUCUCUAUUAACAGUCCCCACACAGGUUGGCAGGACUAUCAAGAUGGAGUGGAGCGCAUCCCCACUGCCUGUAUCACUGUGGAGGAUGCUGAGCUGAUGUGGCGUAUGGCACAGAGGGGGCAGAGGAUCGUGGUGAGACUCACAAUGGGAGCAAAAACUCUGCCGGAUGCCGACUCCUUCAACACAGUGGUGGAGAUAACAGGCUGGCAGCACCCUGAGCAGGUCGUCUUACUUAGCGGCCAUUUGGACAGUUGGGAUGUGGGCCAAGGCGCCAUGGAUGAUGGAGGUGGAGCCAUGAUUUCCUGGGAGGCCCUGUCACUCAUCAAGGAUUUAGGUUUGCGUCCAAGGAGGACCCUACGAACAGUGCUGUGGACAGCCGAGGAGCAGGGCGGGGUGGGAGCGCAGCAGUACUUUCAUCUACAUAAGGUUAACAUGUCCAACUUUGACCUGGUCAUGGAAUCUGACUUGGGGACAUUUACCCCGUUGGCUCUGCAGUUUACUGGCAGUGAUGCAGCACGAAAGGUGAUGGAAGAAGUGGUGAAACUGUUGGCUCCCAUUAAUACGACCAAACUGGAGAGGCACGGAGAAGGGACAGACAUCUCACCCUGGAUGCAGGCAGGAGUACCAGGUGCUAGCCUCCAUGUGGCAGACAGUCGAUACUUUUGGUUCCACCACAGUGAAGGUGACACCAUGACGGUUCAGGACCCUCAAGACAUGAACCUCUGCUCAGCAUUGUGGGCCGUGGUUGCCUACGUCGUGGCAGACCUAGAAGACAUGCUUCCCAGGUAGCCAGUUGGCACACAGGAUGCUGAGCCUCCGGUGAACAGGAGGACAGGUUGACCCCUGUGAACCACAGCUGUUCCGGCUUAUUCCAAAGCAUGCGGCCAAAUCCAGCUUUGUUUUUAGAAAAGACUUGAGAAUGAUCGGACUGAGUUAAGAAAUGUUUGUUACGAAUUAUAUGUGAAUUAUCCUUGGAUAAAUAAGUGAAUCAGUUAAAGUAUUAAAUAACCACUUGAAGUCCAGUACAACAUGUUUUAUUGAAAAAGCCACAUAAUAGAUGUUUAUGUGGUCAUUUCAGCAGAGAAGAACAUGUUAUGGUAAGAAUGAGGGGAGAAAUUACCUCUUUUUCCAAGUUCCAAGUUGAUUUUCAAAUGCUGGUUUACUGACUGAGACAAGACCAAGAAAAUUAGAAUUUCUUUCUCAGGUACUGUACUUGUCUUCAUGCCUAAAUGUAAUGUGCUGCAAAAAAAAUGAAAUGAUGAAAGUAGGAUUUUUUUUAGGUUAAUUAAAGCAUUAGAAAGUAGAGCUUCUUGUAAUGUUGGACUAUAGUCAAACAUGUCAAACAAGCAGCAGCAGUAAGCUCAUUGAUAAGAAAGUGUGUUGAGAAACUGUACAGAGUUAUCCCAAUUCCCAAUGUUUCUGUCAGUCCCAGUGCCAUCAAAAACAACAACCUCUCUUUACAAGUUAUUAUUUUUAUGUUAUUUAAUCUGUUUUAGAUCAUUGUGGUUGAUGUUUGAAGUAUUAUAAUUCCUGCCUGCAUUCUGCUGAACUGGGGCCACAAUUACAGGAUGUUUUGUAAGAUUUUACACCAAAAAUAUCAUUUCAGUGUUGUAAUAUAACCAAUAAAGUGUUAAUCAUG